UUAAAUUUAGGAGCUGAGUCGAAAUCGGGACUUGAGCGACUGAGCGACUGAGCGACUGAGGAUCGUAGUCUGGUUAUUUUUUGGGUUCGCAGAAGGACAGGGUUUUUGAUCGUAGUCAGGCUAGAUAUUGACCCAAGAUCCCUAAUCCAGAAUUCCCGAUUCCGAACCAUUUGACAUGCAAGAUUUUAGAUUUCUAGCCAGAGUCGAUCACUGUAACUGACAAAUUCCAGGGAGAACUGACCGCCGAAAAGAGCGAAGAGUGGAGAUGGGGAGAAUGGCGGUUGCUGCAAUCGUUAGCUUGUGGGUUAUUCCCAUAUCCAUGGCCGUCAAUAGGAUCGUUCCUGAUCCCUACAUGGACGAAAUAUUCCAUGUACCUCAGGCGCAGCGUUAUUGCCGCGGCGACUUUAAAACCUGGGAUCCCAUGAUCACCACUCCACCCGGGCUGUACUAUCUUUCACUUGCCUAUGUUGCUUCUUUGUUUCCAGGCAUGUGGUUUACUAAGGUAAUCCAGUCAUUUCAUCAACUGUGUUCCACCGGGUUUCUUCGAUCUACCAAUGCAAUCAUUGCGGUUGUAUGCAGUGUGAUUGUUUAUGAUUUGCUUAUCAGCUUAAGGCCUUCCCUUAGUGAAAAGAAGGCAACAUUCUAUGCUGUUCUUAUAGCACUUUACCCGCUUCACUGGUUCUUUACCUUCUUGUACUAUACAGAUGUUGCUUCACUAACAGCAGUUCUUGCAAUGUAUCUUGCCAGUCUGAAGAAACAGUUUUUGAUCAGUGCCAUGUUUGGAGCAUUUGCAACACUAUUUAGGCAAACAAAUGUGGUAUGGGUGGCGUUUGUUGCCGCCACUGCAGCUAUAAGCUAUGCAGAAAACUUAUGUGGGAAGGAUUGUGCUAAUUUGAAAUACGAGAAAUUUAAGAUUGUGAAAAAAGAUGUGAUAUCUGGCAAAAAUAACAGCGCAGUUAACCCAACUUUAAGAAAGCGGAGGACGGGCGCUUCAAAGAAUUCCAGCCAAAAAGUGAUUCAUUUCCAUUUGCUUAAUGAUUCAGGUUUGGUUGAUGAAAUCGUCGAACUGUUCAUAAAGUUAUGGCGUUUAAAGUGGAAGGUGUUGGUUACCUUCUUCCCUUAUCUUCUAGUUUUGGUGGCAUUUGGAGCUCUUGUUGUUUUCAAUGGAGGCAUUGUCCUUGGUGCAAAAGAAGCCCAUGUGGUUUCACUUCAUUUUGCCCAAUUGAUGUACUUUGGUCUAGCUGCAGCUGCAGCCUUAGCUCCUGUGCAUUUCACAUUAGGACAGGCUUCAACUUUAUGGCAAUCAUUAAGGAGACAUAAGAUUGGCAAUUCUUUUGGCUUAUUGGCUUCUCUAUUCCUCUGCAUGAUUUUUGUGCAUUUUUUCAGUAUAGCCCAUCCCUAUCUUCUGGCUGACAACCGGCACUACACCUUCUAUUUGUGGCGGAAGGUCAUCCAUGCAAACCGAUCAAUGAAAUACCUUCUAGUUCCACUUUAUAUCUAUUCCUGGCUUUCCCUGAUCACUGCAUUUGGAAAUGCUCAGAAGAAGAAGGUUUGGGUGCUUCUGUUUUGUGCAGCGAGUGUAGCAGUUCUGAUUCCCACACCUCUGAUUGAGUUCAGAUAUUACACCACACCAUUCUACUUCUUGAUCUUAAAUUCUAAAAUUGAGCAGAAUAUGAAAUGGGCUAUAAUUGGAAUCCUGUACGCAUCUGUUAAUGUUCUCACAAUGCUUAUGUUCUUAUACAGACCAUUUCAGUGGGAUCACCAGCCCGGAAUCCAGAGGUUCAUAUGGUAAUUCACACAUUUCCUUGAUGCUCCCAUGUAUUUAUGAAGAUUAUCAUAUUGAAAUAUUAUUAUUCUAGUUUUUUUGGGGGGGCAUUUAUAUACACACCACCAGUUUCUGUGUAUUUUUAGAUAUCUGACACUUAUAUCAAAUCAGAAGUAUCAAUAUUUUAACUUUUA